UUUAACCCUAAAUAGAUCCCCCUCCCAAAAUUCAUCCCCAGAUCACAUCUCGUACUGAUACCACAUGUGAACAACUAACUGGGUUAUCCUCUUCAAUCUUAAAGAAACCCUAGAGAAACUGCUCGAUCAAGAAACCAUUCUUCCUCUUUAAUUAUGCUCGAUUAAGCAUCAUGGAAGUUGAAGAAGAAAGCGAUUUCUCGGAUAGGGAUUUGACAGGUGAAUCUGAAAGCGAUUUCUCCGAUAUGGAUUUGACAGCACACAAAACAAAAACACCGAAGAGGGGGUUGACCUGGUUACCAAAAAUGCGAACAACAUUUACAAACUCGGGUGGAAAAAAACACAAAGUUACAUUUGAUGAAUUGGAGAAGUUUUCUGGGGAAUAUAGAUCAGAAUUUUCAAGUUUUUUGGGAGACCUAGUAAGAGAACAUGUGGGAUUUAGGUUUUUAGCAUGGAAAACAGUGCCAACAGAAGUAAAGGAUAAAUUGUGGGAGGAAAUAACGCGUUUUUAUGACAUUGAUGCAUGUCGUAGGCAUUUUGUAAUGACUCGGCUUGGUAACCUGUUUCGAAAAUUUAGAAGAAAAGUGUAUGCGGGAUACAUAGUACCUAACUUAGGUAAACCAAAGAAACUUGCACGAAUUCCUAAGAGGUAUCGUUCAAUGGUGGAGCAAACAGACUGGGACAAGUUUGUAACAUAUACACAAUCAGACGAGUUUAAGGAUGUGUCAAAUAAGAGAAAAACAGCACGAUCAAAAUACGUUUAUGAUCAUCACUUGGGACGAGGAGGGUAUGCUUAUCUAAAAGACAAACUGUUGAUGAGACCCCCUCUCGUGCUUUAAUGUGGAGGAAAGCAA